UUUUUUUUACCACAUGACUGAUUGAAAAAAAAAAGCCUCUUCUAACAAAAAGAAAUCUCUUACUUUUUUUCAUUCCCAGUGUGCAUUUAAAAGAAUGGGAUUCCCAAUUUUUUUUCUUUUCUCACUUUCCUUCCUACUUUUUUUUAUUUUUUUUAUUUGAAUGACUGAUUUUUCGUGGUAUUCUCGUUCUACCAUGUCUUUUCCUUCUACUGAUAUUAUGACUCAAGCUAAUGCUAACAAUGAAGUAAUGAACCAUCAACUUCAACUGUUUUAUCGUCAAUUACCACCUAUUCCUACAACUAACUCCGCUACUGAAACCACUACUGCUGCUGCUACUCCUGUUCCUCCAAGCCCUACUUCUGGUCUGGGUCCUACAUCUUCGUCCUCUUGGCAUGAACCUAUUGUGGAAUCUGUACAUCAUGGUCAUCCUACUCCUACUCCUUCUAGUGAAAAGAAACGCUCUCGACAAAUUUCUUCCAUCACUCAAGAUGUUCGUGUGGAAAAAAAUACUCAAGGCAAACCUCCUUAUUCUUAUGCUACUUUGAUUCGUUAUGCUAUUGAAAAUAGUCCUGCUCAAAAAUUGACUUUGAAUGAUAUCUAUAGUUGGGUAUUAGAACAUUACUCUUACUAUAAAACUGCUGGUUCUGGUUGGAAGAACUCUAUUCGUCACAAUCUCUCUUUGAACAAAAGUUUUAUUCGUGUUGCUAGACCUAUCAAUGAACCUGGUAAAGGUUCUUAUUGGAUGAUUGAUUACAAUGCUGCUGAAAACGAAUUACGCGCCAAGCAAACCUAUCGUGGUCGAACAAGUCGAGCAGCAAGUGAUGCUGCUACAACAACGCCUCCUACUUAUCGAAAUCCUCCAUCUUCUUCAACCAUGCGUCGACAUUCUGAUACUCGUUAUUUCACCAAUGCCACUAUGAAUCCAUCUACUUCAGCUCCUUUUAGUACCACAUCUGCUGUUACUCCAACUCCCACAACCACCACUACAACUUUACCAACAACAAAUGCUUCUACCAUGGCUACCCCUGCUGAUUAUUAUUACUAUUAUCAACCUUAUAAUGGCUAUCGGUCUUCCAACACGAUAAUGCGGGAUUAUGCAAAUGUGCAGCAUCAUAGUAGUUGUCAUCUUUAUAAUGGUGGUGACAUGCAUCAUCAUCAUCAACAACAACAACAACAACAACAUCAUCAUCAUACUCACCAACAUCAUCAACAACCUUAUUCUAAUGCUUCUUCUGCUAUUGCCACUACUACUACUACAAGUUCGUCGUCAUCAUCGUCAUCGCUAUCAUCAUUAGCAUCAUCAACGUCUGAUCGACCUUUAUCACCAACACCAUCCAACCUUUUCCCACCUGAAUUGUCGGUAACAUUAUCAACCGUUGCUAGUCCACAUUCAUCACUAUCAGAAGAACACCUUGGUUCUCCUUUACCUCAACAUUUCACAAUGUCAACACCUGAUGAUCAAGAUAAACCAAGAAAACGUUCAAAAUGUCAUCAUCAUCAACAAAAAUCUACUUUGGAAUCCGAUCCCUCUAUGCAAUGGCCUGUUGUUAUCUAGUUUUAUUCUUUCUACCUUGUACCUUGCUUUACCUUUUUUUUUUUUAUAUAUAUACAUAUACUUAUACAUAUUCAUUACUCAUAUAUUCCCUUUUUUUUAUAUAUUUUUCUUUCACAUACAAAACCAAAUAUCUAUCCAUUUUGUUGAUUUGUUUUAUACUUAUAUCCCCUUUUUGAUAACAAAAAAAAAAAAAUGGAAAUUCACAAAAUAAUCAUCUUCUUUUUUGUAUAUAGUUUAGUAUUGUUUCUCCUUAAAAACCCAAAAAAAAAAAAUAUAAAAUAAAAUUGGAUUGCCCACACUCCCCCUUAUCAAACUUCACUGACAAAUCGUCAUCAUUAUCAAUAAAGGCGUAUUUUUUUUUUUUGUCCACACUCA